UUUAAGUCUGAAAAUACUACUUAGUACUAGCAACCGUGCCUGCCGCCUGGUAAAGUAGUAAAACGUUUUUACUAAAUAACAACUGCCCUGCGGUAGUUAGGUUUCAUCAUUCUUAGUAAAAAAAGUACACAGUUAAUUUUUUUUAAACAAUUGUGCUAAAAUGUCUGUCAAAUUAAUUGGCAGGACUACAAAUUUGUAUGGAAAGACACUAUGGGAAAUUUUAGGCAAUCUGAGAACUAUGGGUAUUGGUCGUCUAGUGACUAGGAACUCUUAUGAUAGAUAUGAAGAACCUAGCUUCUUUAAAGUAUUGUCCGUCGAACCUACCGCACAAAUAGAAGACAAACCAAGGAAAGUAAUAAUUCACGCUGAGAAGAUAUUCAGAGGUAAACGUUACAAAGAACCAGUUGAAAUUUAUAGUGUUUCGUACAAACCUGAUUAUCGUUUAAUACCCAAAGAUGAGGAACAGUUAUGGUGGGAUCGAUUGGCUAAUUGCAAACCUCGAGAGAAAUUUGUACCUGGAUCUAUAGAGUUGCCACCACUCAUGAGAUUGGUAUUAGAACGAGACAACAAAGAUUCUAAUAUUAAAUUACCAUUAAAAAUACGAAGUGGUCGAGAUAAUAUUGCUCAUACAGAUGAAACAAAAACUGCAUCAUACAGCCCAAGUUUUUUUAAAUAUCAACAGAGUAGUUAAUAAUUAAUAUGCAUUGUAUUUAUAAUUAUACACAAUUUUUUUUUC